GCCACCAUCGCUUUUCUCUGCAACAGUAAGCGGGGCUGAACAUGGCCAGUGACAUCACCGAAACUGCUCAUUCAUCCGACACCCAAAGGUGACCUUUUGGUUGAUUUUUCGCCUUUUCUCUCUACCGAACCCCAAGUCGUCCACUUGUCACAGCCUCCCAGGAUCAAGGGAUGAGGGUUGGGGAUGGACCGGUUGCCGUGGAUACGGGCUCCAAUCCCAUCGUUGAGCUGAUGAGCAGAAAACAAACUGUGAAGACGGAAAAACUUCUUUAGGUGGAGCAUCUGAACGUGUUUUUAAUGUUUUUGGUGGAGUUUUGUGUAUCUUUUUUGGCGUUACGGUUGAAUAAGAGACAUGUCUGGGACCAAACCACCCCGUCACGAGUUUCCGGACUCUGACCCAGAAGACACAUCAGAGGAGCUGACCGGGGUCGUGUGUCUGGAGUCAGACCUGCAGGAUGGACAGUAAGGAGGAGAGAGGGGGAUGAUGGAGGUUGAAGUGGGACAUCACACUGUGCUGCUGACACGCAGUGAGGGCAGAUACAGUGCCAUUGGUAACCAGUGUACACAUUACGGGGCUCCACUCAGCAAAGGGGUUAUUACAGGCCACACAGUGCGCUGCCCGUGGCAUGGUGCCUGCUUUAACGCCCAUACAGGCGAUUUGGAGGAAUACCCUGGCAUGGACAGUUUACCUUGUCACAAGGUCAAAAUUCAAAACAGCAAAGUAUAUGUGUCUGUAAACAAAAAGGCUCUCAGGCAGGAAAAAAGAAUAAAGAGUAUGGGAGGCGCAGUGCCAGGAGUUACUCACACUAUUCUGCUGCUGGGUGGAGGAGCUGCGUCACUGAUCUGCGCAGAGGUUCUGCGGCAGGAAAACUUCGGCGGCAGAAUCAUCAUGGCCUCCAAAGACGAACUUUUACCUUACGACAAAACCCGACUCAGCAAGGUAAUGAAUGUGGAGAAUGAUAGCAUUCUGCUGAGGAGGAUGGAGUUUUUCCAUCAGUACGACAUUGAGGUGUGGCUCAGGAAGGAAGUGCUGUCAGUGGACACAGACAAGAAGACGGUCACAUUUGAUGAUGGUUCAGUCCAGAGCUACGAUCAGCUUCUCCUCUCAACGGGCUGCAGAGCGAAGGGUUUGGAUGUGCCCGGCAUGAAGCUGGACAAUGUGAAGAUGUUGGAGACACCCGAGGACGCCCGGCAAAUCCACGCAGCCUGUGCGGGCUGCAACGUCGUCCUCGUUGGAACCUCUUUUGUUGGCAUGGAAAUUGCGUCUUAUCUGAUAGGAAAAGCCUCCAGUAUCACAGUGAUCGGCAGCAGUGAGAUGCCUUACCAGAACACACUGGGUCCUGAAAUCGGUAAAGCCACAAUGACGAUGCUGUCGGAGAAAAAUGUGAAAUUCUACAUGAACGAUAAUGUGACGGAGGUCAGGGGUGUGGAUGGCAAGGUGAAGGAGGUUGUGCUUAAAAGUGAAAAAGCGAUCCCAGCAGAUGUUUUGAUUGUUGGUAUCGGUGUCAAACCUAACUCAGAGUUUCUACGGGGCAGCAAAAUACAACUGGACUCAAAAAACUUUGUAAUAGUCGACAAGUACAUGCACACCAACGUCCCUGGUGUUUUCUGUGCAGGCGACCUGGCCACCUUCCCCCUGGCGAUGGCCAAAAAUCGGCUGGUCAACAUCGGACACUGGCAGAUGGCACAAGCACACGGGAGGAUAGCAGCUCUGAACAUGCUGGAUAAACAAACUGAACUCAACUCAGUUCCCUUCUACUGGACCGUCCAACUGGGUAAAACCAUCCGAUACGCAGGCUAUGGGGAAGGAUACACCGAGAUCGUAAUGAAAGGAAAGCUUGAGGACAAGAAGUUUUUGGCACUGUACAUCAAGGAUGACGAGGUCAUAGCGGCAGCCAGCCUAAACUACGACCCAGCAGUGUCUGCAGUAGCUCAGAGGCUCCUAGCAGGAAAAGCCAUCACAAAGAAAGAGGCUGAAUCAGAUGACCUGAGCUGGCUGCAGUUGUCCUGAUCUACACUUUCGUCCGCUCAACACAUCAUCUCAUCAUCUGUACGAUGCAGACAUGCAGCCAGAGUUUCAGUCGUCCGUCUCUACUUCGUCACCACUGAUAUCAU